AAGUCUGUGGUCUGUGUCUGAGGUUUAAUUUUCUUGCUCGAUCUCAUGGCGCCACUAGUCACGUGCUUUUUAACCUAACCUAAUAUCCUUUGUCCUCAAUAUUCAGCCCUGAAUCAAAUUAAUAACAAUGGCCGUCGCAGUUGAUUGUCAUUCGGUGCUAUACAUGGAUUAUGUGACAGUGAGAAACGUGUGGUUAGUGGCAAUCGCUACCGUUCGGUCGGUGUGAUUAUCUCGCGAAGAAAAUCAACGUGACGUAUACGUUGUUGCGAAGGAUGUUUUUCUAGUGAGUGGUUGUAUCGCAGUGUCAACUAGUAACCACGGAUGACCAGCUGACAAUGUUUUGGCAUUAGCAUAAUUUGGUGCUUGGUGGGCGCUCGCGGUAUCUCCAGAAUGUUUAAAGCUGAGGAGUCGUCCAAGGACAGUUUCCUUCAGCAAACGAAGGCCGCCAGGGAGGAAAGAGCCCAUGAAAAAGAUAGAGAAGUUGCUGUCACCUUAAUACAAGCUUAUGUUAGGGGUUGGUUGACCCGUAAAAGAAUAUUGGAAGACUUUGAUACAAAUUUUCUCAAUGAUGGUGGUACGGAAAGUGGUUUAGAGUUGAAACCUGCUUUGCACAUGUACAAGAUUACUACUAAAUUUUUGUAUGUAUAUAAGAAAGAAAGGGAUCAAGGAAGAAUAGAGAAAUUAUGUAGAUAUUUAGUAUCGACUCUUGAUUCAGAGUCUCCAGAGACUUCGUACAUAGGACUUGUAUUAAAUAAAGACCGCUACAUAUCAUGGAUAUUACAAAUGAAAAAAUUAUUACUUCAUUGUCUGAAUGGUUUAGAUAAUCUUAAACCAGAAAGAGUAUCUGAUCACAAAUCCAUCCAUUUGAGAUUACAUACAUUAGUUAGUUUUACUUCCCCAGGAACAUGGGCAAUUCAAAAAGUAGAAGGAAUGGAAAUAUUAAGAGCUGGAAUGAAUCAGCUUUGUGCAAAUAUAAUGGGUCACCUAGUCAACAAUGGGUUUUAUCCUACAAUGCAGGCUUUCUUAAUGAAGGGAUUGGGUAGAGUAGAAAUUGCUUUAAAACCAAUUGCACUUUCAGCAGCAGUUACAUUGGCAUUAAGGCCAUUAAUUUCCUCCCAAAUGUCAGACAAGUUGGUAUCACUGUUUUUAAUUAACAUUUUUAGUGUCCCUGCAUUGGUGUAUCAUCUGAGCAAUAUGUCAUCAGUGUGUAUUUCAUCAUUUAUCACUUCCAAUUUGUUUGCUCGAAGUCUGGGAUUAUUAAAUUCUGAGCAAAAUUUAAAAAUAGUUUUUAAUGCAUUGGAAGGUAGCUAUGCAUUAUGUUUACUGGCUAAUUUAAUACAUUUGGCUAAUAUUGAAAGAGAGGAGGUGUUGAGAGAAUUAUAUUUUCCUUCCCUAACGUAUGUUGUAACAAAAAUGUUGGAAGCAUGUCAACAGUAUGUAGUUGCAAAGCAGAGUAACUUAACUCAUUGGCACCCAAUUCUUGGGUGGUUAGCACAAAAGGUUGAUACAACUUUACAAGAACCUAUUCCAUAUGUAAAAUCACAGUUAGCAUGCCUGUGGACAGGAAGAAUAGUUACACAAUUAAUUGGUCAACCAUUGACAGAACUCAUUGAAAAAGAGAUACCUCCAUCUGUAGACCAACAAAGUACAUCUGUUGGUACUAACAUUUUUAGAAGAGCAUUUUUGGAAGCACGUACAAAUAGGAAUAAUAAUACUAAAAAUUAUAGAAAAUUGGGGAGUCCAGAGACUACUAGGAUAGCUUUAAUAUGUUCCCUAUACCAAAUCGCGUUACAUACGCUUACACAGAUGAAAAUGGAAAUUUUAACUGGCUUAUGCUAUCAGGAUAAAAUUUUAUAUCACAUGUAUUUAUUCCUGGGAACAUUGGGUCCACACUGUGGUUUAAAAGCAUUUUUAGACCAUUUAGCUGCUAAUACAAAAUGCACAGCACCUGAAUUUCAAAUGUUGAUACUACUGUCUGAUUGUAUGACACAUUACGUCACAAUCUUAGAUGACAUGGAAAUGUAUGAGCAACAAGAUCCGUUCAAGCUUUCCGACUUUGUAACAAUAUCAUAUUUUUUAAAUCAGUUUUUGUACAAAGCUGUUUUGAAUAACUUGUUUGAUGUUCCAGACGUGAAAGCGGUUCCUAAUAAUCCUUUGUUUACCUCUCUUCACACACUGUUAAUGGCAAUUUAUCGGCGAGAUUGUAGGCGGACGUUUUGCCCAGAUGGACACUGGUUGGCAAAGGAAGUUCGCGUGUCAGGUUUCCUAGCAGACUUGGAAAAAGGUAGACGCGGUGCUGCUCUUCUUCUUUCCAAGAUGCCUCAUGUUAUUCCGCAUUCAGAACGUGUAGUACUAUUCCGCAAGCAAGUAGCUAACGAGAAAGACGUAUUGGGUAUGACCGAGAGUGCCUGCAACAGUACACCAACGACGCUAAUCGUUGUUCACAGAACACGUAUAGUAGAAGACGGAUAUCGUCAGCUUGCAAUGCUACCUUCUCAGGCAUUGAAAGGUGUGAUCAGGGUUCGUUUUGUAAAUGAGCAGGGUUUAGCCGAAGCCGGCAUUGACCAAGACGGAGUGUUUAAAGAAUUUCUGGAAGAAACGAUAAAGAAAGUUUUCGAUCCGUCUUUGAAUUUGUUCAAAGCCACGACUGAAAAUCGACUUUAUCCGUCUCCCACAUCCUCUAUGCAAGAUAAUCACUUGCAGCUGUUCGAAUUUGUUGGACGUAUGUUGGGUAAAGCUGUAUAUGAAGGUAUUGUUGUAGAUGUACCUUUCGCUUCCUUCUUUGUUUCCCAAUUUUCUGGCCAAACCGGGGGGGCAUUGUAUAGCUGGUUGGACGAAUUAGCUUCGUUAGACAGAGACUUGUAUCGUAGUCUCACUCUAGUGAAACAUUACAAGGGUGAUGUUAGACAGUUAGAAUUGACUUUCUCUCUUGAUGAAGACGUUCUAGGCAAACUAGUUACACACGAAUUAAUUCCUGGAGGACGAGCGGUGCCGGUCACCAACGAGAAUAAAAUUAAUUAUAUACACUUAAUGGCUCAUUUCAGAAUGCAUAUGCAAAUAAAGGAUCAAACGGCUGCUUUCAUUAAAGGGUUCCGUUCUAUAAUUAACCCUGAAUGGUUGGCGUUGUUUUCGACUCCAGAACUGCAGCGAUUAAUUUCGGGCGAUAAUGUUCCGUUAGAUUUACGGGAUCUGCGUAAGCAUACGAAAUAUUACGGCGGUUUCCAUGACAGCCAUCGCGUAGUGUGUUGGUUAUGGGACAUUUUAGAAAAAGAUUUCUCCGAAGAAGAAAGGGGCUUAUUCUUGAAGUUCGUUACUAGCUGCUCAAAGUCACCUUUAUUGGGUUUCGCUCAUUUAGAGCCACCUUUUACUAUCCGCUGUGUAGAAGUUGGCGACGAUGAAGAUACGGGUGAUACGAUAGGUAGCGUGAUCAGAGGAUUCUUCACAAUUCGCAAGAAGGAUCCGCAGAAUCGUUUGCCUACGUCCUCUACGUGUUUUAAUUUACUUAAAUUACCCAAUUACCAAAAGAAGAGCACGCUAAGGGAGAAGUUGCGUUACGCAGUUACUAGUAACACUGGCUUCGAGCUGUCUUAAUCUAGUACUGACUUGAGAUCGCAGUGAUGUUGUCGCUCAAUAAUACCUAAUGAAAAUUUAUACAAAGUGAUUGAAUAGUGUCUAGCGAUUAAAAAAAGAAACUGAACUAAAAAUGGUAGCCGAUGUAUGUUGUCUGUACAAAGUUGAAUGAAGAAUGAAAACUGUUGUGCAUCAAGCCGAGGGUUCGCACAAAUUUUAUGAAACACUGUUCGUACGAAGUGGAAAAAACAUUCUCUUCUGUUACCUUCGUAAGAGAUUAUUGAUAUUCUUAUAAUUCUAUUUACCUCCGCUUCAAUCCAGGAACGAAAGAAAAAUGACGAACUACUUUUCAAUAUUCUUUGAAGUUUCCAUGAGAUUUCAGUGUAUAAUAAUUACGGGUGUGUGUACAUGUGAUUUAUGUACGCUUACGCAACACCUUGUUUUAACGCCGAUUACGUCUUUCAUCUUUAAUUCUAUACAAUCUAUCGCCAAAUGACUAGAUUACUUAUGGUGUAAAGCACACUGUACCUCAUGAGCUUAAUAUUGCUAAUACCUGUGCGCUUGUUAGUACAUAAAUACCAUGAAUUAAUGUUAGUGAAUUAAUAAAACAGUAACAAACACGCGAGGUAAACGUUAAAUGUCCGUGCCCGUCGGUGCCCAGUGAAAACUGAAACAGAAGGGUUUCGAAUAUUUCUAAAACUUUAUAAAUUUACAAGAACGAUCGUAGCUCCGAUCGCGAAAGGAUCGUUACAGUAACAUUUUGUACAAACAUUUUCAAGCUGAACGCACGCGGAAUCACGUGGAUUCCUACGGAAAUCGACAACAUCGGGAUCACGGGCACCGAUGAGCUUGAAGUCCCUCAUCGUGUACAUCUUUUAGCAUCAGAUUUAGUCGGGUCGAGAAAGUUUGUGAUGUUUGUCCUCCUGCCCGAUCGUCUCGGGCAGGACCUCUUGUAACUAUACUUCGUCUGCGGUCUUUGUACGUGUCUGAUGAACGCGAAUAGAAAUUAAAGAGGAAAAAAAAAACAGAGAACAAAAAGAAUGGGAGCACGAGGACUGUGUUAUCUGCAAUAUAGCGAGGAGUUAAACGGAUACUAGAGCGAAAUUUAUUUUUCUCUCGCGGAUCACGCGUUCUUUCGGCGAACGAGUGUUAGAACCAUUGUCGACGGGAAUUCGGUCAGACCAAAGAUAGAAGCCUAUGCGUAGCGCGCGAGGAGAUGAUUUCGAGAUGCAUAAAACACUUUCAUAUUUUCCUACACGAUCGUACUGUAAGUUCUUCAGGCCUGUAUUCACAGAUUGUACCUACGUCGCCUAGGAGUAAGUAACGAGACACAGGCGUUUCUAGAACGAUAAUUAUAGAGAUCAUAAGAAUGAAUUAGAUUUUAAACGUGUACUAAACUAGCUCGUUAAACGUGCUCAAUGUGAUCGCUAGAAUGAAAGAAUGAAAUGAAGAAGAAGAAAAAAAACGAAAAGAAAUUAUUUUCAAUUAUGUAUAGGGGCGGGGGAGAAGGAAAAAAAGAAAUGAAGGAAAAUACCGAACACAAUAAUUUUGGCCUUUGUUACAUUCGAACAGAAUUUUAUCGGGUUUUGCUACUCUCGUAUUGUUAAUUGUGAAUACAUGCCUCGCAAAUAUGUGUACAAUUGAACAGAGAAACAACAAACAGAUAAUACUCUCCUUUAUGGGUAUACUUAUCACCGAAACGAUACAUGUGUAUGAUAAAUGUGGAUAUCGAUGCAGACACGGAUGUACGCAAUAAAAUGUUCGAAUAACAAUGUUGCGAUUGUAAGAUAAGACCGUCGCGUUGGUUCGAGAGACCAGCGCGCAGAGGACGACCGGACUACCGUACGCGUCUUCUCCGAGCCGUCCUAUGCAUUUAACACGAGCGUCGCGACAAAGGAGACUCGUACGGCAAUCGUUCCGGCGCGCUCCAAUUUUUUCUUACAAUCGUACCGACAGGCAGAAACUGUGCUUUGUAAAUCGCUGGUUUGAAACUGUUCGUACUUGCGUAGCAUUUUUUAUGAAUGUAAGUUGUCGCGUCGCGGCGAAGUAACGAGAAUGAUUUUUUAAUUUAAUACGUUCCGACAGUGAUUCACAACAAUCCUGUAAAUAUA